AUGAGAAGAGAUGAGAGGGAGGAAGGGCUGAUUAGAAUGGGACGAAGUCAUGAAGGAAAUAUGGAUGAUCCGGAUCCUCAUUUGUAUGAUUUGGAAACAAAUCGGGAUUUUUCAGGGCUAGUUGAUGACGCAUUUGUUCCCAAUCAAACAAGUGUUAUACAUGCAUUUGUUCGGACUAAUCAAUUGAGUGAUGCGGAUGAACAAUUAGCAUUGGAGUUGAUGACUCCAUUUCAAGAAAUUGUACCAUACUGA